AAUUGAGUACUUGAGGCAAAUAUUGCAGCCGGUGUAUGAAGUGCAAACGGAAUUGAAUAAAAAUAACCUAUUUCUAAGUGAAUAAAAGCAAUGACGGCAUUUGAAGAGUUUGGUGUGCUGCCAGAGCUCGGCAAGGCAACCGACGAAUUGGACUGGACCUUGCCAACGGAUGUGCAGGCAGAGGCCAUACCACUCAUACUCGGCGGAGGCGAUGUCCUAAUGGCAGCCGAAACGGGCUCUGGCAAAACGGGCGCCUUUUGCUUGCCCAUUCUGCAAAUUGUUUGGGAAACGAUUCGCGAUUUGCAGUCUGGAAAGCCAAGUAAAAAAGGCGGUUCCGCAGCUGGAGCUGUGGCACCGUGGACAAUGUCGUUUUUCGAUCGUAACAAUGCAUUAGCGGUGACUCCGGAUGGCCUGCGCUGCCAGUCACGUGAGUUUAAGGAAUGGCACGGAUGUCGUGCCACCACCGGGGUCUAUGGUAAAGCCAAGUUCUAUUACGAAGCAACAGUCACCGAUGAGGGCUUGUGCCGUGUGGGGUGGUCCACUCAAAUGGCGAAUUUAGAUCUGGGCACGUGUCGCUACGGCUUUGGCUUUGGCGGCACKGGCAAAAAGUCCAACAAUCGUCAGUUUGACGACUAUGGCGAGGCUUUCGGCAARGCAGAUGUAGUGGGCUGUAUGCUGGACCUGCAGCGACUGGAAGUGAGCUUCACCAAGAACGGCGCUGCAUUGGGAGUGGCUUUCAAAAUACCCGAAAAUCUACGCAAUGACACCUUCUAUCCAGCUGUCGUCCUGAAGAACGCCGAGAUGCUAUUUAACUUUGGCAAAACCGAUUUUAAGUACCCGCCAGGCAACGGCUAUGUGGCUGUUUGUCAAGCAGGUCCUGACCAUAGCGCACCCAAUCCUUUGGCCAGCCCCGCAGCCAACACUGCGGCUAGCAAACCGGCGCCCAAUGCGCCCCAAGCCAUAAUCAUUGAGCCGAGCCGCGAGCUGGCGGAGCAAACUUACAAUCAAAUUGAGAAACUGAAACGUUAUGUGACCGAUCCCGACGUGCGUCCCCUACUGCUUAUUGGGGGCGUGCGUCUGGAGGAGCAGAAAGCGGAACUGCAGAAGGGAAUCCACAUUGUGGUGGGUACUCCCGGUCGCCUGGAGGAACUCAUCAACAGUGGACUCGUACAGCUCACUCACUGUCGUUUCUUUGUCCUGGACGAGGCGGAUGCUCUGCUUAAGCAGGGCUAUACGGAUCUAAUUGAUCGGCUGCACAAGCAAAUACCAAAAAUAACUAGCGAUGGCUGUCGCCUGCAGAUGAUUGUCUGCUCCGCCACCUUGCAUGCCUUUGAGGUAAAAAAGAUGGCUGAGCGCUUGAUGCACUUUCCCACCUGGGUGGAUCUGAAGGGCGAAGAUGCAGUGCCAGAGACUGUUCACCAUGUAGUGUGCAUGGUCGACCCGAAGAUUGACACCAGCUGGCAGCAACUUCGCCAGUCGAUACGCACUGAUGGUGUGCACGAUCACGACAAUAUCCAUCCCACUAAUCUUUCCCCAGAGACCCUUUCCCAGGCAGUGAAGCUGCUGAAGGGUGAAUAUUGCAUCCGGGCCAUUGACCAGCAUAAAAUGGAUCGUGCCAUUAUCUUCUGUCGCACCAAGCUGGAUUGCGAUAACUUGGAGCAGUAUCUGCGCCUCCGCGGCGGACAACGCUACUCCUGCGUCUGCCUGCAUGGCGAUCGCAAGCCGCAGGAGCGCAAGCAGAAUCUGGAAUCGUUCAAGCGCCAGCAGGUCAAGUUUCUCAUUUGCACAGAUGUUGCUGCACGUGGACUGGACAUUACAGGAUUGCCUUUCAUGAUCAAUAUAACUCUGCCGGAUGACAAAUGCAACUAUGUGCACCGCAUCGGCCGUGUGGGUCGUGCAGAGCGCAUGGGCCUGGCCAUCAGCUUGGUGUCUACGGUGCCGGAGAAGGUCUGGUACCACGGCGAAUGGUGCAAGACUCGUGGACGUAAUUGCAACAACACCAAUUUGACUGAUGUGCGCGGCUGUUGCAUCUGGUACAAUGAGCUCAAUUUAUUGGGCGAGGUCGAGGAGCACCUGAACAUAACCAUACAGCAGGUGGACAAGUCCCUGGAGGUGCCCGUUAACGAUUUCGAUGGCAAGGUGGUCUACGGCCAAAAGAAUCUCAAUAAGGGCACUGGAUAUGUGGAUCAUGUUGAGCAAUUGGUGCCAACGGUUCGCAAAUUGACUGAUUUGGAAUUGCAAUCACAAUCUUUAUUCUUGAAGCGCUUAAAGGUCUAAAGUGGUUCGAUUUUGGGUUGUCGCACGAUCCGAAAUACUUGCACGGUUACGAGUACAUAAAAUACAUAAAUAAACUAACAUUAAAA